AAUGGAAUGCCGAAUACUGGAGUUGACCAUUAAUUCUGCAAAUGAUUUAAGAGUAGUAAGACGGAUGUUCAAAAUGAAGGUCUAUGUCAAGGUGUGUAUCGGGGGUAACCAUGAAAUGGAGAAGCGAACUCUUGUCGACUGGCACGGCCAGACCAAUCCAGCUUGGAACUACACCAUGAAAUACUCAAUAAGCGAACAAUGGUUACAACAUCAUGGCACGAUGCUCGUGAUCAAGCUCUAUUGCAAGCGUAAGCUUGGAGAUAGAUACAUAGGAGAAGUUCAUCAGCCGUUAAAACAACUUUAUGAUUAUGCAUAUCCCUUAGGAGGUAGUGCAGUGGUGCGGUUCCCAGUGCAAAUUGGAUCCGCUGAAUCGCAAGGACAACUUUGUUUUUCGUACAGGUUUGGUGAGAAGGUGGCUAUUGAGAAGAUGAUGCUAGCAGAAAGUAUUGCUUCCUUUUUAGUUACCGGUCCAGGAGGUGCACUUUGAUGAUGGCACCCCAACCCACACUUGUUGUCACCAUGUUAGUCGUUGAAAUUGCAACCACCACCUUCACCACUUGUAAAUACAAUAUAGUUUGUCAUGUGUUUUUCUUAUAAAAAAUUCCAACAUUUUA